CGGCGCCCAGAUCGACCGGCUGGUGGGCGCCACCGCCGCAGUGGAGGACGCGCUGGCGGGCCUGGUGGUGGACGCCAGCGGGGCGCCUCCCCGGCUCCGACACCGCGCGGCGCUGACCUACGUGAAGCGGCUGUACUCGCCCUUCCUGCUGCGGGAGCCGCUGGUGCAGCAGAGCGGGGGAGGACCGGAGGGAGCGCUAAUGGCGGUGUGGCUGUACGACGACCCGGCCGCCGCCAACACCCCGCUACCGACCCAGCGGGUCGGCGCACUCAUCCUGCUGGACCGCCUGACGGCACUCAACCCAGCGCUGGCGGCGCUAGCGCCCGUACUGCAGAGCUUCCGUACCGACGUCGCUGCUGACGUCGGCACCCUGCACGUCGCGCUGGCGGCGCCGGCUGGCGGCGGCAUCAACGGCAUGAGCAGCAGCAGCGGCGGCGGCUUUCCGCGCCACAGCCGCUCGCCAUCACAGCAGAACUUCAACGGCGGGUUUGCAAGCGACGCGGCGCCGGCGGCGCUGGAUGCCCUGUUGCCGCCGGCGGAGCAGGGCGUCGAGGAGAG